AUGAGAGAUGCUGAGGAUCAAUCCCAACGCGAGGACCACCCCAAACACCAGAAUCACCCCGAACAUGACCAGCCCGAAAGGGAGAAUCAGAAUCAGCCUAAACACGAGGAUCACCCCGAACGUGACACCGUAAACGAACGCAUCGACUUCGAAUGGACCCCUGAACUUGUGAAGAUUGGAACCUCUCGCGGCGCGAUACAUCCGUCGAUUGGUCCUAUCGAAUACAACGGCCAACCUAGUUAUAAGUACUGGCCUGGUAUGACGCUGCCAGACCCGGCUAAUACGCGGGAAUGUCUGAAGUGGGCUGGAUUGUCCGACCAAAAGAUCGUUGAGGUCGAACAGAAAUUCAAUGAUGUAUAUCCAGAUUAUCAAGGACCCGCCUGUGGGUAUGAGGAGAAACAUUACCGGACUGGCUAUAAUAAAAUUGUAUUCCCUAAGGUCGAGAAAAUGUUGGAAAUAUUCAUCCAAGGAAUGCAUGAUGAUCAUGAUGAGUUUGAAUACAACCAUAAAUUCGCCAUAUUCUGUGGACUACAUAAGGACGAUCCCCGGGCUAUUGAUGACCCCCGCCUAUUCGAAGAAAAAUGGUUUGGUUUAGGCCCAGCGGAUAUCAUGGGUGAUACCCUCAUACCAUUUUGGAUCGAUGUCGAGGAAUUUAUAGCAACCAAGUUGGUGUACGAGGGGAAGGCAUGGGACGAUUGUUAUGGAAGAUGCUUGGUUCGUGAGGGGGAAAGCCUAGAUCAAGCGAAAGCGAGAAUGAAUGAUCAAGAGCGUGAGAGGCUUAAAGAGCAAGCGGCAAAGCAAUUCGAAGCAGAAUGGGAACGUAAGAGACAAGAGUGGGACAGAAAGUGCGCAGAAGACGAGGCCAUAUGGGCAGAAGAAGACAGACAGGAGGCGGAGAUGCUUCAGCAACAAAACAUCGACAAGACCGUUCAGCAGAAGGAUAAGGAAGGAACGCAGUAA